UAUAGAUAUGCCUCUUAGCUCACUUUCAUAACUAUGGAGUUAUUGUCCAUUUUGUUGCAAGCUGCCUCAAGAUUUUGGCUGCUAAGAGAGGUAUAAAAAGGUAAAGGGUAAAGGGACCCCUGACCAAGAGAGGUAUAUAUACUCCAAAUAAAUAAAUUGACUUCAGUGGUUGAGGUGUCCCUGCUGCACUGUAUAGAAAGAUACUUACUCCUCUCCAAGAUCCAGAAUGAUGAAAACUGGUUCUGCCACUUUGCAGCAGAAGCUGAUUAUGCACAGUGCUGUUUGGCUAGUGUCCGUGAAGUUACAAUUCCACACCUGGGAGGUUUCACCAUCUAUAAUUUUUAAAAAGGCAACCUUGGAAGCGAUGGCAGAUGCUGACGUGAAUAACUCUCAGCCUAGCUCCAGGAAAAGAGUAAAUAAAUUAAAAAGGCGUUGUGGAAUGGGCAAGGUGAGAUAAUUCAGUUGGCAUUCAGAUUGCUGAUAGGCCUAUCCCUCUGACAGAGUGUCAAAAGAGUAGGGGCAGGAUAGGGUCAGUUUGUGUGUGAGAGAGAAAAGUGCGUAAAAACCUUUUAGAGGAACUGCCUGCACUAUGGACACCUUACCAGCGCAUGUAUUUUUGAAGUGCGGUGUGUGCUUAUGCUGAAUCUGGAAUUGUUUUUUGUGGAAUCAGAGUGGAGGAGGGAGCAGGCGUGAGGAAGGAAUUGGGAAAGUGUGUUUGUGGGGAAGGCAUAGCAAAGGUCAGAAACGGAGCGGAAUGGCAAAUUCCUGCUAAUCGGAAGGGAGAGAAGCCUCCUCUUAGCUGUUCUUUCCAACCGAGGGCAGAAAUGACAGGUACGCUGUAGUGAGGACCAAUAUUUUAUUUGGUAUUCGAAUAAAUAAAGACAUUCCAGCCCCUGCAUGAAAAGUUGGCACGGACCGCUUUAAGAAUGGGGCAUGGCACACAUCAGCCUACUAGCUGAAGUCUGACCAUUUCAAAUUGUGCCCCACGUUGUCUGAUUUAAAUAGAAGUCGCAGGACCAUUUCCUGGAGAGUCUAUGAUCCCUAUUAGUUUUUCUGAUCUGGCUCAAGGAGUGCAAUGCCCCUUUCUUGCCCUUAGCGCUCUGCACAAAGGCUGUUGCUCUAAAGCAGCCCAAGUUUCAAGGAGCCCCUUGGGACCUAUCUGUGCAUGGGGAGAACGUGGCCCUCCUAGAAAGAGUUGGUCUAAUUGGCACCGUUCUUGAAAACAUGGUCACGGGAGCCCCAUAAACAGCCCUGGCUCCCUGCCCUGUGUGAGGAAGAGCAGGGGUCUGUUCUGUUCUUCUGGUGCAAAUAGCUUCAUUCUUCUGUUACGGAAUCAACCAACUCAGUUCCUACAGUAUUAAAUGCAAACGAAUAUAAUAGGUCAGUGGUUGCUGAGGACCAGGGUUUUGGAAUCUUUGUUGCCACACUAUUUCACAGGGUCGGAAAGGACCCAGGGGGUCAUCUAGUCCAACCCCCUGCAAUGCAGGAAUCUCAACUCCAUGGCACAUGGCCGUCCAACCUCUGCUUAAAAACCUCCAAGGAAGGAGAGUCCACAACCUCCCGAGAGAGUCCGUUCCAACUGUUGAACAGCUCUUACUCUCAGAAAGUUCUUCCUGAUGUUUAGCUGGAAUCUCCUUUCUUGCAACUUGAAUCCAUUGGUUUGGGUCCUGCCCUCCAGUGCAGAAAUAUAUUGUGUGGUGUAAAGAGUACUGUAUAGUCAUAAGGACAUGCCAGACUCUCCGCUUCCUUUUAGUGGGAGGGAAGUACUAGGUUUCUAGUCCUCAUUGAUUGCAGAGGAAGAAACAGGCAACAGCUGUGUACACAGUGCUGCUUACUCUGGCUCUGGCAUUUGAAGCUGUAGUGUGCGUGGCAUUAGCCCCAAUCCAUAUCUAUCCUGUAGUUUCUUGGGAAAUGACGCUGUUUGUUAUGUUUCCCCUCAAACCAGUUUCCACCCAGUUCAGAAAUAUAUGCCAUGUUUUUGCAGUUAAGCUGAUGAUGACAUGCUCAGAUGACAGCUUCAGGAAUAGGAGUUGGAGGCAUGGGCGUAACUAGGAAUUAUGAUAGGGGGAGCAGGACUUUUGUUAGGGGGGAGCAGAACAGAGCUAUCUGUGACGUGAUUGGUCAGUUUAAGUACAGUAUUUUUAUUUAUUUACUUGAUUUGGGGUGGCAGCUGUUCCCCCCCCCCCCCGUUGCCGCCGCCUAUGCCCACAGUUGGAGGGGUUCUUGCAACCACAGGAAAAACCCAUCAGGCAAUGCACUUUGGGUGAAAAUAUCUCCCCCUGCUCUCCAGCUUGUACAACAACAAGCAAGUGUGACUUUAAAAGGGGGGUGGGGUGGGGGAGCAGCCGUAUUUUAAACCUCCAAAAUAUACAUGGGUAAUUCUAGCUGGAGGGACAGGCAUUCGAGGACUGAGACCUCCAUUCCCCACAAUCCCUAAUUUUCUGCCUUGUGCACCUCGUUGUCCUCUUGUCUCCCCACUCCCACCUGUUGCUCUCCCCCCAGUUUUCCUGGCCCAGCUUCCCUUGCAAAGCAUCUUUCCCACUGGGGUCCUUUGCACUCUCAGAAAACAGUACCUAACAUCAACAACAGCAGCAGCAGCAGCAGCACCUUCCACCCUCCCCGCAGCUUUGCUGUGGGCACCAAAUAUAUCCAGUGAAGAAAGCAAUUCAUGCACACCAACCACUCUGUACCUAAUUUAUUCCAGCCCUGGGUUUGCGGAGAGGGAACUGGCAGCGGAACCGGAAUGUUGGAAUUUUGAUCCAGCGCCUGAGCAUUCCAGAACGCUGAGGGGGAAACAGAGAGAUGAGCUGAGACGGCAGCUUGGCAGCUUGACCCUCCUUCCCCUUCCCAGUCAAUUCCAAACUCUCCCUCCCUUGUCCCCUCCUCUGAGGCGGAGCCAGCCUGUUGACUUCCCCGGCCCUCUUUUAAGCCGGCUGGCUGGGCAGGCAGCCAGUGGCCGAAAGGCAACUCCAGGCGGCAUCAGGGAGCCCCGGUCUUUAGUGGGCAGCGGUGGGGCUUCCAGCCUGCGCGGAGGAGACAUGGAGGCCGAGGAAUCAGGGAAUGUGGAGUACGUAGCUGAGGCAGUGACGGGGGAGUGCCCCCCGGUCACUGACACCAUGGAUCCUCGGCCCCUGUUCCAGACCCUGCAUGCGCUGGCGGAAGACAACGUCAACUUCUUCCAGGAGAGCUCCAGCGAGACCAGCCGGCGCUUUGUGACUGCCUUCACCACCAUCCGGGAGCACGCCCGGUGCCUGGAGCCAGUGCUGAACCACUUCUCCACCAUCUACCACAUCUUCGACCUGGACGAGCACACGCCGGCCAACGGCUACCGGAGCCUGGCGCAGACGGUGCGAUGCUGCCUGGCCCACAUCGUCCACAAGAGCCGGUACGUGGCUACCAACCGGCGCAGCAUCUUCUUCCGCACCAGCCACAACUGUGCCGAGCUGGAGGCCUACUGCACCGCCUUGACGCAGCUGCGAGCCCUCGUCUACCUGGCCCAGCGCCUCCUCACCCAGAACCGGCCCGGACACCUCUUCAACCACGAGGACCGAGGGCUCUCCGAGCAGUUCCUGCAGGAGUACAUCACCAUGCACAAGGGCUGCUUCUACGGGCGCUGCAUGGGCUUCCAGUACGCUCCCUCGAUCCGGCCUUUCCUGCAGACCAUCGCCAUCGGCCUCGUCUCCUUUGGGGAAAAUUACAAGCGCCAUGUGUCCGGCAUUGGCGUGGCUGCCAGCUCUCUCUUCACCAGCGGGAAGUUUGCUAUUGACCCCGAGCUCCGUGGGAUAGAGUUUGAGCGCAUCACUCAGAACCUGGACGUGCACUUUUGGAAGAGCUUCUGGAACCUCACCGAGAUGGAGCUGCUGGCUUCCCUCGCCAGCAUGGCUUCCUCGCAAGUCCGGUUAUCCCGGGCACUGCUGGUGCCGCCGCACUCCUUUGACCUGCCUUUGGUUGCUGACCCCCAGCUGACAGUCACCAUCACCCCCCCAGUUGCCCACACCGGACCAGGAGCCGUACAGAUGAGACUCAUCUCCCACGAGCUGCGGGAGGGACAGGACAGCGAGGAGCUCUGCAACCUCAUGCGCCCCGAAGGCCCCCUCGCCCUGGAGCUGCGCUGGAGGACCAAGCCGCUGCCUCGCUCGCCUUACCUGGUGGUGCACUUCCACGGCGGUGGCUUCGUGGCCCAGACCUCCAAGUCGCACGAGCCCUACCUGAAAUCCUGGGCUCAGGAACUGGGCGCCCCCAUCCUCUCCAUCGACUACUCGCUGGCACCGGAGGCUCCCUUUCCUCGGGCCUUGGAAGAGUGUUUCUAUGCCUACUGCUGGGCCAUCAAGAACUGCCACCUGUUGGGUUCCACAGCCCAGACGGUGUGCCUUGCGGGAGACAGCGCCGGUGGAAACCUGUGCAUCACGGUCUCCAUGCGGGCGGCCGCCUUUGGGAUCAAGAUGCCGGACGGGAUCAUGGCGGCAUACCCGGCCACCCUCAUGCAGGUCUCGGCUUCGCCCUCCCGCCUCCUCACCUUGCUUGACCCGCUCCUGCCUCUGAGCGUGCUGUGCAAAUGCCUCAGUGCCUAUGCUGGGAUGGAGCCAGAACAGUGUGAGUCUCCCGCCCUGGAGAAACUGAGCCCCGUGAACAUGGUGCGCCGAGAUACCACCAUGCUCUUGCGAGACUUGCGCCUGGGAGCCUCCUCCUUGUUCGGUUCCUUGCUGGAGAACACGGGCAAGAUCAACGGGGCUGACGCACCGACAGAGCCUGUGAGGAAGAGCAUCUCCGAGGUGGGCCUCAAAUCCAAGUCGCUCGCCAGCAGCAAAGAAUCCCGCAAGAGCCAGACCUACCAGAACCUUUCCUGUGCCUCGGAUGCCUCUCCGGCGCCAAGCCCUGCCCCAAGCCCCACCCCGGACCCAGACCCGAACCCUCCAGCGGCCAGCUUCUUCAUGAGCGACGGCGAGCACGAGGCGGCGACCCCCAGCUACGACGGCACCCUGACCUUCCCCGACGGCUUCCAGCCUCUGCGCUCUGAACAGCCGGCCACCUCCAUGCCCCUGGAGCUGUCACCCAUCGUCAAGAACCCAUUCAUGUCACCGCUGCUGGCACCGGAUGCGAUGCUGAAGGGACUGCCGCCCAUCCACAUCGUGGCUUGCGCCCUCGACCCCAUGCUGGACGACUCGGUGAUGUUUGCCCGGCGGCUUCGAGCGCUGGGGCAGCCGGUGACACUGCGGGUGGUGCAGGACCUCCCCCACGGCUUCCUCAGCCUCUCCCAGCUGUGCCGCGAAACACGCCAGGCCUCUGCCGUAUGCACAGAGCUCAUCCGGGACGUCCUGGUCCCCCCGGAUCCAGCCACACAGCAGCCCGCGGCCACUGCCUCCCAUCGGAAGCACCGGAAGCUGGAGAGGACCUCCCAGAGCACCGGGGCUGCCACCAGCCAAGCCACCAACCACACCCCCACCCAGGAAAACAGCACGGCGGCUACCGAACAGGAGGGGCCAAGCAGCGCAGCAGUAGGGAGCAGUGCAACACCUGAGGCCCAGGCCAGAGCAGCCCAGGAGCACCAGGAGGGCAGCAGGUCCCCCGAAGGCCAGCAAAGUGGGGCCACAGACAGGUCCACGCCCGCCUCGGGUCCCGGCCCCUCCGACGGGACGGUGGGCAGGGGGGUGGGGGCCUGAGCCCUCCUGCAUCACUGGAACCGCUCUGUUUAAGAAGGUGUAGCGUGGCUUCGUUUUGCAGUGGAAAUCCCUCUUGGUGCUUUUUUCUCUUUGCCCAGUCCUGCCAUUGAUGAGUUGCGGGAGGCAAAUAUCCUGUUGCUACCAAAACCUGGGGGCCGGUUGCCCCGUAUUCUCCGUUUUUAUACAUGUUGGAGUGUUUUUAAAAGGGCAGAACCCUGCUGUCGAUGGGUCCUGGCAGUCCUGGAGUUUGUGCACCUCCUUCUUGCACACGGCCCCUUCCACAAUCCUGCUCCUUUCUUCGCACACCAGCAGCCCCCCCCCCCAAACAUGCCUUCCUAUGCACAUAACACCCCACUGCCGCCCGAGCACCUCCAAGGACGAUCCAUGUUGGGGGUGCGACUUGGCACAGAUGAGCACAAGCAUUGACCUCCCUUCUCCUUCUCGGGAGGAAACAGAGGAGCAGGGCAGCUUUCCAGUUCUUGCAGGCCUGCCCAGCCCCCUCCUCUCCCUUGCACAAUAAGCAUAAAAUCAGCCACUGCCCGGUCCCAUCCCUCGAUGGGGCGUCCCAGCUGCCACUUCUCAGUAUUCACUUUUGUUCUUGGAGGACACAUUCCAUCACACUGUGACCUUCCUGUCCUCCAAACUCAACACACUCCCCCCCCCUUCGCCUUUCACUGUUGUUGCUGCUGCUAUGAACCAAACGGGGGCACGGGUGCUUCUACCCUCCUGGAAAAGGGCUGUGGUGUUCCCUCCCCACGUGCAAGGGAUGCGGCGGGGGGCAGGGGAACUAUUUUUGUAAAUAAAAGCUGGUUCGAUUUUGAACAA